GCAAUCGGAGUAGGAGUUGGUGCUGGACUCCUGGUGCUGGUGACUACUACAGUGGUUUUGACAGCGUGGUGUGUGAAGAAAAACAGGUCUAAAAGGGUUCCCUCCAGCAGCUGUGGUGAUGAACUGAAAAUUCUUGGUUCUCAGACCAGUAAAGGGUGUGGUGAUCCACCAGAGACCCCAGCCCCAACAGCACCAGAGACUGAGACUGACAGUACUCGUCCUGAUGUCAUCCCUCCUCUCUAUGAUGACCUCAAUACCCUCACUAGAAAGAAGGAGGAGCCACCAUCACUGCCAAUGUAUCAUGUGUUGGAAGGACCUACUCCUGUUGAGUCGGCACCAGAGACACAGGGGACUGAGACUCCAGUUCCAGCCACUGAUAUCCCUCUAUAUUCUGUUGUGGACAAAAGUAAGAAGAAAAAGAACAGAGCUUCAAAGCCCAUCACUGAGGACGAGGAGGAGAGUUCUCACGAUCAAUGAACCUUAACUAGAUGCUAAAAGGGACACUUCUUUUCAAUAGCGUGCUGUUGUAGCAGGUCAGCCAUAAUUACAGGUCAAGGGACACAUUUGAACAUUAAAGCAGCAUAGGCACAGAGAAUCUUUAUUCUCAUUUGUUUCAAUAGCCACUUCAUUUUUGUGUAUCACAAGAUUAAC